AUGGUGAAGUUCACGAUAGACCAGCUGCGCGCGCUGAUGGACAAGAAACACAACAUCAGGAACAUGAGUGUCAUCGCCCAUGUCGACCACGGAAAGUCCACCCUGACGGACUCGCUGGUCGCUGCGGCCGGAAUCAUCGCUGUGGAACAGGCUGGCGACCAGCGCCUCACCGACACUCGCCAAGACGAGCAGGACAGGUGCAUCACCAUCAAGUCGACUGGGAUCUCGCUGUAUUAUGAUAUGAGCGAUGAAUCCCUGAAGGGCUUUACUGGUGAGAGGGAUGGCAAUAGCUAUCUCAUCAACCUCAUCGACUCCCCUGGCCACGUCGACUUCUCAUCCGAAGUGACUGCUGCCCUGCGGAUCACGGAUGGCGCCCUGGUGGUGGUGGACUGCGUGGAGGGUGUGUGUGUGCAGACAGAGACUGUGUUGAGACAGGCUCUUGGUGAGAGGAUCCGACCUGUGCUCACAGUAAACAAGCUGGAUAGGUGCUUCUUGGAGCUGAUGUUGGACGGUGAAGAAGCCUACAACGGUUUCUUGCGGGUGAUUGAGAAUGCCAACGUGAUCAUGGCAACGUACACUGAUGAGCAGCUUGGCGAGACCAUGGUUUACCCCGACAAGGGUACUGUCUCAUUCUCAGCUGGUCUGCACGGCUGGGCAUUCACUCUCACUACAUUCGCAAAGCUGUAUGCAUCAAAGUUCGGCACAGACGAGAAGAAGAUGAUGGAGAAGCUCUGGGGCGACAACUUCUAUGACCCUACCACCAGGAAAUGGACAAAGAAGCCCACUGGCGAGAAGACCUGCAAACGUGGCUUUGUCCAGUUUGUGUAUGAGCCGAUUGAGAAGCUUAUCAAAGCGUGCAUGAAUGAGGACAAGAAGCUUGUGUUUAAUCUCACAGACAAGCUGAAGGUGACGCCAAAGCUGAAGGCUGAGGACAAGGAACUCACUGGAAAGCCUCUCAUGAAGCGUGUCAUGCAGACUUGGCUGCCAGCCCAAGAUGCUUUGCUGGAGAUGAUGAUCUGGCACCUGCCAUCGCCUCACAAGGCACAGAAGUACAGGGUCGACAACUUGUAUGAAGGGCCACUGGACGAUGCAUAUGCCACAGCCAUCCGGAACUGUGACCCCAAGGGUCCACUCAUGCUCUACGUGUCGAAGAUGAUCCCAACCUCUGACAAGGGCAGAUUCUUUGCUUUUGGCCGUGUCUUCUCUGGCACGGUUGCAACUGGCCAGAAGGUCAGGAUCAUGGGCCCCAACUAUGUCCCUGGCCAGAAGAAGGAUCUCUAUAUCAAGUCAAUCCAGAGGACAGUGUUGUGCAUGGGAAGGAGGCAGGAUGCUGUUGAGGACGUUCCCUGCGGGAACACUGUUGCCAUGGUUGGCCUGGAUCAGUUCAUCACCAAGAAUGCAACCCUUACAAAUGAGAAGAACGACGAUGCUCAUCCCAUCAAGGCCAUGAAGUUCAGUGUGUCUCCUGUUGUGCGUGUCGCUGUCGAGCCCAAGGUUGCAUCUGAUCUCCCCAAGCUGGUGGAGGGUCUGAAGCGCCUGUCGAAGUCGGAUCCCAUGGUCCAAUGUACCAUUGAGGAAACGGGCGAGCACAUCAUUGCGGGUGCUGGUGAACUUCAUUUGGAGAUUUGCCUGAAGGACCUCCAGGAGGACUUCAUGGGCGGAGCUGAGAUCCGUGUCUCUGAUCCAGUGGUGUCGUUCCGUGAGACCGUGUCGGCAGAGUCAGACCACACUGUGAUGUCCAAGUCGCCGAACAAGCACAAUCGGCUGUACCUUUCGGCCCGGCCCAUGGAGGAUGGUCUGGCAGAAGCGAUCGACGAAGGCAAGAUAGGGCCUCGUGACGACCCUAAGGUCAGGACAAGGAUCUUGAGCGACGAGUUCGGCUGGGACAAGGAGACGUCGAAGAAGAUCUGGGCCUUUGGGCCUGAGACCAUGGGCCCCAAUAUGUUCAUCGAUGUCGCCAAGGGUGUGCAAUACCUGAACGAGAUCAAGGACUCCUGCGUGGCUGCCUUCCAGUGGGCGACAAAGGAGGGUGUGCUUUGCGAGGAGAAUAUGCGGGGCGUGGUUUAUGAGAUCCAUGACGUGGUUCUGCACUCUGAUGCCAUCCACAGGGGUGGUGGGCAAAUCAUCCCCACCUGCCGCCGAGCUCUGUAUGCAGCCCAACUCUCUGGCGCUCCCAGGCUCAUGGAGCCAAUCUACCUUGUGGAGAUCCAAGCGCCCGAUCAGGCUCUGGGAGGCAUCUACUCUGUCCUUAACCAGAAGCGUGGGCACGUGUUUGAGGAAAUGCAGCGACCUGGCACGCCCAUCUACAACAUCAAGGCCUACCUGCCUGUUGUGGAGUCCUUUGGGUUCACUUCGACGCUGCGCGCAGCGACGUCUGGCCAGGCUUUCCCACAAGCCGUCUUCGACCACUGGGAGGUUAUGCCACAGGACCCGCAGCAGCCUGGCAACGCGGCCAACACCAUUCUUCUGGACGUGAGAAAGAGGAAGGGUCUCAAGCCGGAGCCGGCCCCGAUCACGGAGUAUGAAGACAAGCUCUAA